UGGGUUGUGGGAGUAGGGAAAAGGGUGGAGGAUGAGCGGAGUCACGUCCUCAACAUCUUCAUGAAGAGCAAACACAAACUUCUACAUCCCCGCACGUGACAGCGGCGCGCAGCUAUAUGAGGGAAAAGGCAGCAAGCAUCAGGACCAGUCAGCCUCAGCAGCGCGCAUUACGCACGUGCCUUCACCGACUCUCCUCUUUGAAGCAAGCGACACGUGCGGGUUUAUUUCUGCUGGACGCACCGGUAAAGUAGCUCCGAGCUUUAAAACAGAGCCAGGACAAAAGGAAAACCCUCCCUCUCUCCCAGCCACCUCUACCACUUCUUUUUUUCUCUCCUCCUUGUCGGACCUCCGCUCUCCUCUCACCACACAAGUUCCUCACACACUGAGAGGGAUGCUGCACGCUCCAGAGUCGCACUUGCACUCAGAAGGAACCUAGAAAAGAAACGGAUCGGAUUUAAAUCUCUCUGAAGGUGAAGAGCAUCAGGUCGUCUCCCGGAGCGGUUGCCUUUACGCACGGUUUUUCGUUCAUGUUUUGGAGGAAAUAGGGGGAGUUUGAUCGCUGUCCCAACACAUUAACACACAGACUUCCAUCCUCACGAGCUGUUGAUCUCGUUACUCGUUUAUCACACCUUUGUUUUUCACUCUAAAAGCGGACCCUUCUUAUUGACAGGAGGACCGGCGCGCUCUUUUAAAAUGAUUCCAGCGGGCGACGUGAUGCCAUGUCGCAUCUCGUCUGUUUGACAUCUGAGGAUCAGAUAAAGCAGCUGGAGGAGGACAUUAUCACCCAGUAACCCACCCAGAAACCAGCUUUUUGUUCGUUUCUUUUUCUUUUUGUUGGAGUCCAAACAUCAGCCCGCCGCCCAGAUGCAGUUUCGACUCUUCUCCUUUGCUCUGAUCGUUUUGAACUGUUUGGAGUACAGCAACUGUCAGGCGCCGUCCCACCGCUGGAGGAGAAACAAAAGAGCGAGUUAUGGAGCGUACCCCAUCUGUAAAGGCUGCUCAGUGUGCUCCAGGGACAACGGCUGCGUAAACUGCCAGCCCAGACUCUUCCUGUUUCUGCGGAGAGAGAGGAUGAGGCAGUACGGGGAGUGUCUUCACGACUGUCCAGCCGGAUACUUUGGCAUUCGCAGCCCAGAAAUCAGCAUGUGCUCCAGGUGUAGGAUAGAGAACUGCGAGUCCUGUUUUGACAAAGACUUCUGCACCAAGUGCAAGUCAGGUUUCUACCUGCACAAAGGGCGCUGCUUUGAUAAGUGUCCUGAGGGCUUUGCCCCACUGGAAGACAUCAUGGAGUGUGGAGAAGGCUGUGAGGUGGGUCAGUGGAGCGAAUGGGGAGCCUGCACCAGAAGAAACAAAACCUGUGGCUUUAAGUGGGGUCUGGAGACCCGAACGCGGCACAUCGUAAAGAAACCUCCCAAGGACACAAUACCCUGUCCCACCAUCGCUGAGUCCAGAUUUUGCAAAAUGGCCAUGAGACAUUGUAGGAAAGGUGGUUCAGGGAAGCAUCGAUCCAAAGAGCCAAAGAAGAAGAACAAGGAGAGGCUGCGGUUACGGGCCCAGAACCAGCACAGCGACCACUUGGCCUCUGCACGCUCCAGCCAGUAAUGACUCAAACUACCCAGUGAAGAAAAAAUAAACAACAAAUGCAAAGCUGCUAGCUGCUGCUGCACCAAUAAUCUGACUGAUGACUGUCACAAACCCCACUACCAUCACCAUCACCCCUCCUGCCUCCCUGGCCUCCCCCACCAUCCUUCUCUCUGCUCACCGGGACACAGCCAGGCCUCAUUUAUCCGUCCCUCGAUGAAAUAUGUGCCGCAUUCAGCGAGAUACCAACACCUGCCUCCCACAGCUUCCACAGCCAGGUGACUCUGCUCCCCCAAGUCCAGCCCUUCGCCUCAUGGACCUUUACAGUUAACUGAACUCAUUUUUCCGUCAUUAACACCAUUAACCAUACAGGGUGAUAGAAGACAGAGGGGCAUUCAGAGGUAACGCGGAGGCGGGAGAGUCAGGACCAAGACAGAAGAAAGGUGAGGAAGUCUGGGAAGCUGAACAACCCAGGAAAGGGUGAGAACAUGCUCAAGGAUAAGGAAGUAGAGAAGGCUCAGAUGAAGCAAAACAGUGCCGAUGGACAAGAAAAUGGCAACUUAAACUAAAGAGACUGUUUUUCUGUUUAUAUAUUUAUGUCACAGCUACCCUCACCUUCCCUCCAAGUGGAGACGGAGCGUUCCCAUGUGUGGCCUUUAUGUUCUGUACAUUUUCAGAGUAAUAUUAAAGAGAUUAACAUGCAUAGUUGCAAAGUAUUUUAUUCUCAGCACAAACUGUUUACGUUCAGACCGCUUAAUGCUGUAACUGUAUAGUGUCGAUUUACGAGAAAAGAAGUUUAGUUGUUCAACUAGCAUGAAAACAGACUUGUGUACAUAGUUGAUCUAAUUAUAAAAGCCUAUUACUGUAUUUUCAGUACUGAGUCGUUCACCGUUCUAAAUGUUUUAGAAAUCAAAAUUAUUGUUUUAAUACAAGCUACGGAUUAAAAAAAAACAAUAAUAAACUUAGCCACCUCAUAGCUAUUUCAUUCAUAUGGUAUAUAUUUGAUUUAUUUAUUAAAUCUGUUUUGUACUUUUUUGUUCAGUGACAAUUUUUUGGCCUCAUACUGUUAUUGUUAUGCUGAGAUUUUCUCUGUCUUCCUUAUAACAGUUUGUAUCUGUACCAUGCAGAUAAAGGUUAUGUCUGUCAUACAAUUGUUGUAGCCUGUUGCAUUCAUUUGACCUCAUCUACUGAUUUUGAUGCUUUAAAGAGGAAAAAAAGAUAAUGAACUAUGCUUUUGGUGCAUUCUUGUUUUCUAAUUAGGCUCCAGCAAUUGUAUGGUCAUAGGACUGCAUAUGUGUGCAUUGUGUUUUAUUAAAUCUGCAUUUCAUGUGACUGUAUGAUAACGCCUUCCUUUAUUGUCUGUGGCUUGAAUAUAUGUGGCUAAACUCUGAAA